AAUCGCGAAAAUCGAAUGGAGCCACACGGUCGUUCGAACACUUUUGGCGCGAAUCGCGACGGUAAUAAUAUUGCGUUACGGAGAACACAAUCCGCCGAAGUUGUUACUCACACGGAUGAAAACCGGCCAGACUCGUCAUCGUCGGCGGUGUUCGGUGAAAAUGUGUUGGAAAAUUUCACUUUACAAACAAACUUUCACCGACAGCAGCAGGAGCGUCAGAAACGAAAGCGCAAAGAAUCGUCUUUUUCCUCAUGCUCAUCGUCCUCGUCGGCAUCGUUACUGUCGUUGGCGCCGAGUUCGGAGCGAACGCUAUUUUCCGUAAACGGAAGAACAGGCGUCACAGUGGGUGGCAGUGGCGUUGGUGUUGGUGAGGAAAAUUUGUCUGUUGGGGGUGGUAGUGUGGAACAAAGUACACGACAGAAAAGUGAAAAAUUGUUGGGUUUGUUCAGAACAGCUGAUUUGAAUGAAUCUUCCUGGUGCGGCAAACGGGCCCAGGGCAACAACAAUAACAACAGGUCGGCGAGGCAGCAGCAGGACGAGCCAGAUUCGCCGCAGCGGAAGCGACCGAAAUACGACUACACACGUGAUCAGAUGUUCGAAAUUUUCCAGCCGUGGGUAAUUCAAACGUACGGAGACCGCGCGAAAACGAAAACGAUUACGCUCAAGAAGCAGGCAAGGAUAAUCAAAACUCUUAAAGGACUCGAGAUGAACAACCCGGAUAGCUCGAAGUUUCGAUUUUGGGUUAAGACCAAAGGCUUCACAACCACAAAACCGAAGGGAUUUCAGGACAUUUUCAUUUACCGAGAUCAGGAAGAAAACGAUGGCUGUUCACUGUAUGCACCUAAUUCAACGGAAACUGGUACGCAACCAUUCAAAAGAGUAGCCGUGGUGGAGAAUUUUUUCAACAUAAUUUACGGUGUUCAUGUUUCCUUGGGCAGCCGAUCGAAUCGGCAUGCCGGACAAAAAAGAACCUACCGGACAAUUACCGAAACGUAUGCGUUUCUGCCGCGGGAGGCGGUAACGAAGUUUCUCUCACUGUGCAGUCAGUGUUCUAAAGCGAUGCGUCCCCAAUCGCCAGCCCAAUCGGAAGAGCUGCCAAGUCUGAAUCGGCGACUUUCUGUCGCUUCAAAGACCGAGCCUUUGGAAUUGGACAAUUCCGUGGUCACACGUGCCAACAAACGUUCGGAAGUCGAAUCAACUCACUCGCAUUCCGUUACCGAAGUUAGUUCAAGUUUCGAUAGUUUAGGUGAAGAUGUUAUGUAUUCAAAACUGUUGAAUUUUUGUAAAGUGCAAAGCAAUGUAGGUCGUGAUGGAAGCGAUUCGACGUAUUACCAUUUGCUGAAAACAUUCUAUGAAAAUGCGAAGCAAACCGAAAAGGAGCAGAAUCAAAAGGAGCGAGUUGGUUUGACACAAUCCAAAGAGGAGACAGUAGUGGAUCUUACCGAAAUAUCAGACUCUGAUGUAUCGUCUGCUUUGCAAACUUUGAAAGUGCCGAACAGGGAACGCGUUGAAAGUUGUAUGACGGUUGAGUGUGAAAAAAGUGCCACUGAGGCCGUAACUCAAGUGCCAAUCGACGACGAUGAUUCGAUGAAGAAUCAGUCCUCCAAUAAAUUACUAAUAUGUGAAUCAUUCGAUGGUGGUGAUGAGACAGCUAGACUAAAUGAAACUCUUGGUGAUAAUGCUGGCGACAGUGAUAGCGAUAGUGAUAGUGAUGGUGACGAUGACUAUAAUAAAGAGGCAAAUCAGUCCCGGCCAAUUACAUCGACUUAUUUGGAACUAACCAGAAGCAUGGGAGUCACAGAUGAUGAUGCACUGAAUAUGGACUCUAUUCCGAUGCCUUUCAAUAGCGAACCAACAGAAAACAAUGGUACUAAUGUUGGAGCAGCUGGUGAGGAUGCGUACGCAGGUCUAAUCAAGGAUGCUGACAAAUUCAAACUGAUGUUGCUAGCAUGGAAUUAUCAGAACUCUGCGGCAGGUAAAUCUCAAAACGGCUCCGAAGGCCCAGACCUGGCCACAAUGACCAACCUCUGGCAGCAGUAUCAGAAUGCCCUCGCAAUGAACGCAAAGACGUCCUUCAACCAGUUGCCGAUCACCGAACGUCAGCAACCGUCCCCCAUCGAGCAGCAGGAUGAAACGAAUUCGUCGGAACAGAAAGACGACGACGAACUUUCGGAAGAUGACUCCGAGGAUCGUAUUGAGGCGACCGUAAACGACCCGGAACGAUUGAAAGCGUUCAACAUGUUCGUCAGGCUGUUUGUCGAUGAAAAUCUGGAUCGUAUAAUUCCGAUCUCGAAGCAACCCAAAGAGAAAAUUCAAGCCAUCAUCGAUUCCUGUACACGGCAGUUUCCUGAAUUUGCUGAACGUGCUCGGAAACGUAUUCGUACCUACCUUAAAUCCUGUCGGCGGAACAAGAAGACCCGCGAAGGAUGGGAAAACACUGUAAGUGAGUCCCGACCAACGCCUGCACAUCUGACUUCCGUUCAAGCGGAGCAAAUUCUGGCACUUGCCUGUGAGAAUGAGAGCCUCAAUGCCAAACGGAUGCGGAUAGGAUUGGAACCCAUUAGCCAAUCCGUGAAUCAGACAACGGCGGUAAGUUUUAUGACGUCCGAACCACCAAAUGUACCGACUCUUUACCAAAAUAUGAACAUGAAGUGCGAAACGGACACCGUGCCGGCCGUGAAAACGGAACCCGUUCCCAAAAUGUCUCCAAUUCAGAAUACAACCCCGGAUAUCAAUCAAAUGAAGUUAAAUAUCCCGAGUGCCAGUGCCAGUUCCACACCUACGAUCCCAACGACGGUACCCACUAUUUCCAACUUCCAUGACUACAAUACUGGAUUCCAGAAUCGAUCGCAGCACUAUCAGAACUUCAUGAACUCGGUUAGCAGUUCCAACAGCACUACCACUACGAUGUCUGCCACGGGUACCGCUCCCACAGACUUGUCGAUGAAGCGACCUAUCUUGGCACAUAAACUCAACAGUGCAGAAAUCACCGCCGUUAAACAACUGGUCACUGGAUACCGGGAGAGUGCCGCUUUCCUAAUGCGAAGUGCUGAUGAGUUGGAGAAUCUUCUGCUUCAGCAGCAAUAACGUUACCCAGGCGCAACAAACUCUUAAAAACCUACGAUUUAUUACUAGUACAUAGAUUAGGACACACAAGGAGAAGAAAAAACCAACAAGUUACUCAUUUGGAGAUACCAAAAACUAUCUGUACGGCUACAGUUUAGAUUACUCAAUUGAAGAAAGAAAAAAACAGACAAACCGACUCUAGUGUCCUAAGCAGACUUAAGUUAUGUGUAUAAAGUGUUGAAUAAACAAAAGUUAGAAAUUGAAAUUUUCGAAAACUGGCGAAAAAUACAAAACACAGGGUGAUAUAGAACUACAAAGAAAUUAUAUUUAUUUUUUAAAGUAAAACAAAAAUAAAGAUACGUACUCCCAAGCAAAGUGAAAUCAGAAGAUUCGUUAAAAUAUUGCACACGAGCACACAUUACUGUUCAUACUACACUGCGUCAUCUUGACUAAGGAAGUUUGCCAACCUACCAGCAUAAAAUAAUUGUAAUUAAGCUCAUUAGUGAGGAAAACCCAGAUCAAACUCUAACUAUUGGAAUAUUUCCAAGAGAUCCCCUUCAAUAAAUUUAAUACGAUCAUCUUA